AUGGCCCCCCACACCUUCUACGACGGCACCAUCCCCGUCGCCAUCUCCAUCCUCAAAACCCUCUCCCACAUCUUGACUGUCGCCUCGCAACAACGUCCCACCGAGACAACCACCCUCCUUCACAACUCCCGUCUCCACGAAACCAUGUACCCCCUCACCGAUCAGGUGCGCAUCGUAACGCAAUGGACCGAGAACCUCGUCGCGCGCCUCACCGGCCGCGACGCAACCACGUUCUCUGGCAGCCCUGACAGCUUCUCGGAGUCCUUUGAGCGCAUCAAUACGGUGCUGAAAUCCCUCAGCGAAGCGGACAAGGACCGCGUGAAUGAGGAGGGCGAUAGCGAGAAGCCGACCACUCUGGCUCCUGGAAUGGAGGUGCCAAUGACCGGCGCGACGUGGGCGCAUACGGUCAUCUUGCCGAAUCUUUAUUUCCAUGUGACGACGGCGUUUGGUAUUUUGAGGAAGGAGGGCGUUGAGAUCGGGAAGAGGGAUUAUUACGCUGGGUUUUUCCCUAUGUGA